UGUGUGUGUGUGUGUGUGUGUGUGUGCGUGUGGAGGAUGGCAGAGCUACAGGAGGAGCUUGUUUCUAUGGAAACCAGUAAGAUGAGGCUGGAGAUGCAGAGGGAGGAGUUAGUGUCUCGUCUGCAGGGAAUGAUGCGUUCCCAUUGGGCAGAGGCUCUGAGACUGUUGACAAAUCAGGAGCAGAUUGAAGGGUUUACACACUUAUCAUUACAGGAUAUAUCAAAACCACACUCAUCCCUUCAAACUCAGGACACUAGUGUCUGUAGCACAGCAUGCACACUUUCUACAGCUGCUCCUCAGGCUGUGGUCCUCCAGCUGUGCAGAGACAGAGAGCGAGGGAUAAGGGGAAAAGGGGACAGUGGAGGGGACAGAGGACGAGUGGAGUCUGACUUCAGCCUGUUAAACCACAGUCAGACCUUCAGUCCACUAGAGCCAGUGCUGGAUGACACACACCUUACAGCUGGACAUGAUUUGUGGGACAGGUCUGUGGGAGCAGAGAGACACAUAGUGGACAAUGGAAAUGAAGGAGGGAGAGUCCAAACAGAGAAAGAGAGAGUGGGAGAGAUGUCUCAGUCUGGAGAGAAUUUGACUCUGCACUCGACUCACUUUCACACUCAGGAACUGUACAGUGACAUGAAUCAAAACAGGAUUCACUCUGAUCACCAAGUCAACAGACAACAGUUUCCCAAUUCCAGUGUCCAUCCCAGUGUGACACUGAAUCCCACUCUCAGACCAAAUCAAACCCAUUCCUCCACAGACAUACGGGCCAAUCACAGCUCAGAUAAGGGGGCAGGGCGAUGUAAUACAGGGACAAGAGCUCCACCCACAGAAGAACAGACCCUGAGAGCCCCUCCCCCUGUGUCCAAAACAUCUUCGUGUGACAAAAGACAAAAUGAACUGCAGUACUACAUUGCAAAGCUGUUGGAGCGUUCUCCAGGUGAGCCUCUGGAGGAACAUCAGGUGGAGCUGAACAAGACCAGAGCAGAAACGCAGUCCGCUAACUCAGGUGUGAGUUCUCAGGUGGAGUCGAAGCUGGAGCAGCUUGCUGACCUACUGCACCUGACACUGCCCCCUACACAUACCACACAGCAACUACAGCAGCUCCUAAACACCAUUAUUAGGUCUGGUGAGACAUGUUCUGACUCAGUCCGUGCUAAUCUGGACCGCAGACUGGCACAGCAUGACAGGAGGGAGCAACGUCAAGCUGCACCUCGCAACACGCAGAGCACGACCACACGAGGACGCCGGACUGGAGCCCAAGGUCAAAAGUCAGGAUCAAAGGUCAAUGCUUGGAGAUGAAUGAACUCUGAUUCUAUUUAAAACUAAAGACAGAUUUUCUUUUUUAAUGUAUUUUUUUUCUGCUAUUAAUUUAUUAUAAUAAAAUGUUUUACUAA